CAGACAGUUGGCUCCUCCCAGCUUGGCUGUGAUUGGUCAGCUGUGGAAAGAGGAAAUAAAACAUUGAUGGUUCCUCUCCUCCAUCAGCCUGUGGAUGCCCUGGUAGCUGUCUCCUCAGCCGUUUGGCACUAACGCUUGUAUUUUCUAAAGUAAGGAGAGGGAGACACACCAACCGCCAACAUGUCAAGCAAAAGGGCCAAGGGAAAGAACACCAAGAAGCGUCCUCAGCGUGCCACCUCCAAUGUAUUUGCUAUGUUUGACCAGUCUCAGAUUCAAGAGUUUAAGGAGGCCUUCAACAUGAUCGACCAAAACAGAGAUGGUUUUAUUGACAAAGAAGACCUUCACGACAUGCUGGCCUCAUUAGGUAAGAACCCCACAGAGGAUUACCUGGAGGCGAUGAUGAAUGAAGCGCCAGGACCAAUCAACUUCACCAUGUUUCUGACCAUGUUUGGAGAGAAGCUGAACGGCACUGAUCCCGAGGAUGUGAUCCGUAAUGCUUUUGCCUGCUUUGACGAGGAGGGAACUGGUAUGAUCCAGGAGGAGUACCUGCGGGAGCUGCUCACUACGAUGGGAGACAGGUUUACAGACGAAGACGUGGACGAACUCUUCCGAGAGGCGCCCAUCGACAAGAAGGGCAACUUCAACUAUGUAGCAUUCACGCGUAUACUAAAGCACGGUGCAAAGGACAAAGAUGAUUAGUGGCAGAAGUAGCUCUGGACAAAGUUUAUUCUGUAUAUCUUGUGUAUCUUUGAGUCUCCACUUAGAGCAGCUAUAUCAUGUUAAUUGGUUCAUGACAGGCUUCACCAUGGUAUAGCUCACCGAAGGUCUUUUUUUUUUUUUUUUUUCAAGCUGCUUGUUGGACCCUCCCUCCAACUCCUCAACCCUACUCUCAAAGCUCAUUUGCACAUCUGUGAAAACACCACUGUAGGGUCUGUAUAAGCUAGUAAAGACCUUCAUGGAUUUAACUGGAAAUAAACUGAAAUGAGGAGUCUGUUA